ACUGGGUUUUCCAUCCCAGACUCCAACUAAUCACUGGAAAAGAGGGACUUUCUGCCCUAAGUAGUAGAUCUUCGUUCUGGAAUUGGACUUGACAGCUCCCAUCAAUACUUGCACUGCAGUAGAUACGGGAUUAUUGUAUCUAGGCCCAGGGGCUACUCGGAAGACCAGACCACAACUCCCAGAAGCUGGACAAUGGACCGAGUUUAUGAAAUUCCUGAGGAGUCAAAUGUGGAUCCGACUUCAUCUCUGGAGGAAGAUGUCAUCCGUGGGUCCAACCCCCGGUUCACCUUUCCGUUUGGAAUCCUCUUCUCCACCUUUUUGUACUGUGGGGAGGCUGCAUCUGCCUUGUAUAUGGUUAGAAUAUAUCGAAAGAAUAGUGAAACCUAUUGGAUGGCAUACACCUUUUCCUUCUUUAUGUUUUCAUCCAUUAUGGUCCAGUUGACCCUCAUUUUUGUCCACAGAGAUCUGGCCAAAGACAAGCCACUAUCAUUGUUUAUGCACCUAAUCCUCUUGGGACCUGUUAUCAGAUGUUUGGAGGCCAUGAUUAAGUACCUCACACUGUGGAAGAAAGAGGGGCAGGAGGAGCCCUAUGUCAGCCUCACCCGAAAGAAGAUGCUAAUAAAUGGCGAGGAGGUGCUGAUAGAAUGGGAGGUGGGCCACUCCAUCCGGACCCUGGCUAUGCACCGCAAUGCCUACAAACGUAUGUCACAGAUCCAAGCCUUCCUGGGCUCAGUGCCCCAGCUGACCUAUCAGCUCUAUGUGACCCUGAUCUCUGCAGAGGUCCCCUUGGGUAGAGUUGUGCUAAUGGUCUUUUCCCUGAUAUCAGUCACCUAUGGGGCUACUCUCUGCAAUAUGUUGGCCAUCCAGAUCAAAUAUGAUGAAUACAAGAUUCGCCUUGGGCCACUGGAAGUCCUGUGCAUCACCAUUUGGCGGACAUUGGAGAUCACUUCCCGCCUCAUGAUUCUGGUGCUCUUCUCCGCCACCUUGAAAUUGAAGGCUGUGCCCUUCUUGUUGCUCAACUUUCUGAUCAUCCUCUUUGAGCCUUGGGUUAAGUUCUGGAGGAGUGGUGCCCAGAUGCCUAAUAAUAUUGAAAAAAACUUCAGCCGGGUUGGCACCAUGGUGGUAUUGAUUUCUAUUACCGUUCUCUAUGCUGGCAUCAACUUCUCUUGCUGGUCAGCCUUGCAGUUGAAGUUGGCAGACAGGGACCUUGUUGACAAAGGUCAGAACUGGGGACAUAUGGGCCUGCACUAUAGUGUGAGAUUGAUAGAGAAUGUGAUCAUGGUCUUGGUUUUUAAGUUCUUUGGCGUGAAAGUAUUGCUGAAUUACUGUCAUUCCUUGAUUGCCUUGCAGCUCAUUAUUGCUUAUCUUAUUUCCAUUGGCUUCAUGCUCCUUUUCUUCCAGUACUUGCAUCCAUUGCGCUCACUCUUCACCCACAAUGUGGUAGAUUACCUCCACUGUGUCUGCUGCCACCAGCACCCCCAGGGCAGGGCUGAAAACUCCCAGCCAUCCCCUGAAACUGAGGCAAGGCAAAGCGUUAUUUGAUUAUAUUCUGGGUGUUUAGGGAUGGAUUGGGGGUUGUGAAAUUGAAAGGGUGAAUGAAGAUCCUGGGUGAGACUUCAGCAGGAUGUUUUCUUGAGUUUUCUGGUAAGCUUAUCAGAAGA